UGUAAGAGGGGAAGGGGGGAAAAAAGAAGCAUAAAAGAGAUGGGAGCUCAGGGCUUUUCAGAGCCUCUUAUCUGAUUGUAGCAACAGCUCUUAAAAGGCCUUGCCCGCCUGCCUCUGCAGCUGAACCUUGGCACUUCGGGGCACCAACUUUACCCGGCUCGGCGUGAGAAAGUUUUGCUCACCGUCGCUCAGACCAGGCGAAGGGGGAAAAUUGGGUCAUUUUCCUCUCGGGUUCCACCACACGUCCGGCCAACGUGGACCCAGACUGCGAAGUGUCCCUUUGGGCUCAAGAUGACUUCUUCUGCCAAGGUGUACUACAGCCAGACCACCCAGACCGACAGCCGGCCCCUGAUCGGCUCCGGCCUGCGCAAGCGGCGCGUGAUGACCAAGGAUGGCAGGAGCAACGUGCGGAUGGAGCACAUCGCCGACAAGCGGUUCCUUUAUCUCAAGGACCUGUGGACCACUUUCAUUGACAUGCAGUGGCGUUACAAGCUAUUGCUCUUCUCGGCCACCUUUGCCGGCACCUGGUUCAUCUUCGGGGUGAUUUGGUACCUGGUGGCCGUGUUGCAUGGCGACCUCCUGGAGUUUGAACCGCCGGCCAACCACACCCCUUGUGUCAUGCAGGUACACACACUGACUGGAGCAUUCCUCUUCUCCCUGGAGUCCCAGACCACAAUCGGCUAUGGCUUCCGCUACAUCAGCGAGGAAUGCCCCUUAGCCAUUGUGCUGCUCAUCAGCCAGCUGGUCCUCACCACCAUCAUGGAGAUCUUCAUCACCGGAACGUUCCUGGCCAAGAUCGCCCGUCCCAAGAAGAGAGCCGAGACCAUCAAGUUCAGCCAGAAUGCGGUGGUCGCCCCACACAAUGGCAAGACCUGCCUGAUGAUCCGGGUGGCCAACAUGCGCAAGAGCCUGCUGAUUGGCUGCCAGGUGACGGGCAAGCUGCUGCACACCUACCUCACCAAGGAAGGGGAGUGUGUCCGGCUCAACCAGGUCAACGUGAACUUCCAUGUCGACACAUCCUCUGACAGCCCCUUCCUCAUCCUGCCCCUCACCUUCUACCAUGUGGUGGAUGACUCCAGCCCCUUGCGGGACUCCGCCCUGCGCACGGGCGAAGGGGACUUUGAGCUGGUGGUGAUCCUCAGCGGCACGGUGGAGUCGACCAGCGCCACCUGCCAGGUGCGCACCUCCUACCUGCCGGAGGAGAUCCUGUGGGGCUAUGAGUUCAGCCCGGUCAUCUCCCUCUCGGCCAGCGGGAAGUAUGUGGCCGACUUCAGCCUGUUUGACCAGGUGGUCAAGGUGUCGCCCCUGUGCUGCGCCCACGGGUUCGGCGACCCGGACAAGCUGAAGCUGGAGGAGUCCUUCAGGGAGAAAUCAGAACAGGAGGGCAGCCCCCUGAGCGUACGCAUCAGCAACGUCUGAUCCUGCCUAUCCCCCACUGAGCUCCAUGCUUCGGCCAUUCUUUUCAGCUGGUUUUUUCUUCCUUCCUUCCUUCCUUCCUUCCUUCCUUCCUUCCUUCCUUCCUUCCUUUCCCUUUCCUGUCUCAUGAAGCAUCUCCAGUGCUCCAUACCAGAGGAUGGCAGCUAUAGUUCCCCCAAAAGUGCCACUCCAGCCCUUGCUGGGUCCAGGAGCCCUUAGCCCAAGGAAGCAGCUGGGAUGCAACUGUUCCUUCCUCCAUGCCAAAGCCCUUUCUGUGCCCUCCUUUUCAGUGGUGUGGUGGGGGCAGCAGGACUGUCUGGGGGCCCCAGGGCCUCCUGGGGAGCAGCUGGCUCCCAGCCAGGAGGACUGCAGCCGCCCAUCACAGAAUAUGGAUUCUGCAGGGGCAGGGGGUCAGUCUCCCUGCAAACUGACCCUGUCCUCACCACCUCCACUCAAGCCUCAUGCCCAGCUAACCUGCCAGAGAGAGGCGGAGACGGUACCAAGUGGCCCCAAGAAAAGCCGGCAUCUCCCUUCCUGUCCAGGACCUAAGAACACAGACCACCCUGAAUCCAACCCAGGACUAUCUAGCCCACUAGUCUGUCUCCAAUAGUGGCCUGCACCAGUAUCCUCAGAGGCCGAACCGGCAGCAAAGGAAUCAGCCAUCUGGGGGGAAGUUUCCUACUGACCCAGAAAGCAGGCCGGUGUUUUGGGAGUUCCAAAGCUCUCAGCUCUUUUCUUAGCUCCUUCCUCUUCUAACUCUGGCUCGCCUUGCUACACACAGACAGGCCCAGCCCUUUUGCAAAUCGUGCUAAGCUCCCGGCCUCUAUGGCCCUUGUUCCAGCCGCUCACUGUGGGGGGAAAACAUUUCUGUUUAAAUUUGCUGUGGGGGUUUGGGGGGGCAUAUUUUGCCAACAGAAACAAUGGAUCUCGGAGUCCUCCCCAUCCCCAAACUCUCUCCAUGGGACUAAGGAGCGGGCAGCACGUGGCUUUGAAAAGAGAAAUGCUCCCAGCUUCAAAAUAUCUUCUGCUGCCCACGGGCCUCUAUGCAGUUCAUGAUGCUGGUCUGUUUUGCUUCACUGUUGUCCUGGGAUGUUGUGCAUGCAGUGUAGGGCAAUGAUGGGAGAUUAAUCCCCUUCAAUUGCUUCUCAGUGCCAGGGACAGCGGAGCCAGGGUUGGUAAACCCACUCGCAGAUGUCAGAGCCAGGCCUAAAAGUGAAGGACAGCAGAGCAGGCACUACUGCUAGUGAAACAACAUCCCUAUUGGCAGGUGACACCAGUGCUCAGAGCUCUCUGGGGACUUUCAUUGCACUGAAGGGAAGCUGCCCAUCAGCCGGAACAAGGCACAGUUUUGGCAUCAUCAGCUUGGACUGGUUUUUGGCCACCCCAUGGUUAAAACACGGUAACAAAUCCAGCAUGGAUUUCACUGCUGUUAUCACCACGCUCCAUGUUUGGCAAAGCUCGACAGUAGUUGUUCUCGGGCACUGCUGCCGGUGCUCCAGGAGAGUCCUCAUCAUCUCAUGGCAGUACGGGACCUAUGACAGGCAAUCAAGCAGUUCUGAUUCCAUCCAGAAGAGGGCAGCGGUGACAGACGCACCAGCCAGCAUGAUUCCCCUACAUUUAUGUCAGAAACCAGCACCCCAGCAGAGGUUAAAAUGAAGGCAGGCACUUACCUAUCCUUUGUACCCAAGUCCCAGGUAUGGGCAUGCAGCUUAGACCAGCCUUACCUCCAUUCCCAAACAGACCUGCUGUGAUCUCAUUCUUUAGUACUGUAAAUUCCUGACAUCAGAAAUGCUGAAUCCAGAAGCUGAGGCUAUGGGAACCUUGAUGAGUGUUACAGAAAUGUUUGAUCUCACUUGGUCCCAGGCUCUCUGAUCUGCUGGCUAUCACAUCUGAUCUUGGCCACAUGUUUCAGGGGUCAAUGGUUCACGGCCAAGUCUGGGAACUGAGUGGGGACAUUCAGCCCUGUGUCUGAGCACUACGUUGUGUGUGUGUGUAGGGUGUCAUUUGAAACGGAUUUUGUUCUUGCCUCAAGGUCCCUGCGCCAGUUUGCACAUGGGUCAAUUUCUUUCAUUUCAGGAGUAAGGAGUCGCAGUGGGGGGCGGGGGGCAUGUAGAGUAGUUUUUAAGAGAAAAAAACUUCAUACAAAUAUAUUCUGAUGAACAUACACAAUGGAGAAGCUUUGGCUUGACAACAGUAUAGAUCUAACUUUUUCAAAGGCAGAGGACUAUUCAGGAAACUACUUGAGGGCUGAAUUGUUCUCUGCUGUGUGAAAACAAAGGGAAACAAUAUUUAAUUCUGUCUCUCUAGAGUGGAGGAAUCAUGUAAAAAUGCAGACAGAUUAUUUUAGAGUAUUAACCGGAAUGAGGAUAAUAGAUUCCACAGAGAGUUCUUUUUAAUGAGGAAAGAGUUAUUUAAAAAAAAUCCAGCAAAUCUAACACUUAAAGCUUAAUAUGUACACAGAAGCCAGGCAGAGUUUGAAGCUAUUUUGACAUCGUUUUUAACAUGGUACACGCUGUAUGUUAUGAAAUCCCAAGUGAAUAACAGCUACAGAGACACUUUCCAAAGCUGAAUAUCAGAGUUGCUCCUCUGCUAGUUCCCUUUCCAAAAUACCAGCAAAGAUUUGAUCCUGUUAUGGAAAGGUCCUAGAGAAAACACCAUCCUCUGAUAGAUUAUCCCUGCGAUCGUCUAUGGGUUGGUUGAAAAAAACUCACAGGCUCAGAUUGUCUGUUAAAUUCUAGAGAACUCCAUCAUUUCUACUGUCCCCUGUUCUGUUUCUAUAGCUCCCUAUUAGUUUCAGCCCUACAAAACCAUACAGAACUUUUCCCAUUGGGGAUAUUAAAGUAGAAUUACUAUGCCCUGAACUAGCUGCACGUCAAUUUCAGCACUGAUACUCCCAGAAGGCAGAAAGAAAAUGGUGUGUUUGUUCAUAACCAUGUCACUUACAAAUGUCAGUUUCACAUCCAUUCCUGUCUCUUUGGACAAUGAGGAUAAUCACCACACUCCUGAGCUAUAGCCAGGCUAGGGGACUGAAGAGAACAUCUCCUGAUAGAGAAGGGAGAAGGCUGGAUUGUGAUUCAGGCUAAAAUUGUUAGUUAAGUCCAUGGUGGAAUUGAGGGGAAAAAUCCAUAGUCAUGGAAAGUUCACGGCCUGGCUGGGGGGACACUGAGUAUGAGCCUGGCCUGUACUCACUCCAGAACAGCAGCUCCUGUUCUAGGGAGUGGGGGUUGAAUCCCUUUCCAGGCAAUCACCAUGCAACUCAGGUUUGGUGCAUCCAUCUCUCCAGCUCCACAGAGGCAGACACACCAUGCUUGAACCACAGAGCAACCGGGUGAUCCCCAUUGCAAUGCCCAGAACAGGGAGGCAGGCUCCCAGGAGCUACCUCCGCAGGGGUUACAGACCUUAUUAAAAUUCAUGCUAUGAUGAGUAUAAAGGACAAUUCUUUGUUGAGGAUGCAGGGCGCAGACAGAUCCCAGGGUUCUCUCUGGCUCUUCCGUUCCGGGGCACUCUGAAUUCCAGCUUGGGCUCUCCAGGCUCUCUGGGGACUGCUGGCUAUAUUCAGGCAUGCACACAGCAUGCUUGCUCCUGCUGCAGUACUGGCUCUCCCUAGAGCAGAGAUCUCAUACUCCCAGCCUGCAGGCCAUUCCUGGCCAGAGAAUUACGCAAUCCAGCCUGGGACUCCCGGCAGGCUGAGGUGGGGGGGCUGUCUGGGCCCCACCUCUUCCCACCAUCGUUCCAUCCCCUCCUCCCCCCCAUGGCACACUGUCCCCAAGGAAGAGGGAUCAGUGGUGGGGCCCCGUGAUCUUACAUAAAUCAAACUGCACCAUAGAAUCUCUCAGGAUAGAACUCCCAGGCUUAAGUAACAAGAGUGUAGCAGUAGGAAUAUUCUAUUGAGCACCUAACAGGGGCCGAGGGGGUGAUGGUGAAAUGCUCUGGCAGAUUGGAGAGUGAGCUCCCCUUCUCCUCCCACCAGGGUGAAUGUGGGGGAGGGGGAGACAGCCACUGCUGCCCACUGGCACCAGGACCCCGCAGCUGGGAGUCUGAGACCCUGCCCUAGAGCAGCAGAGCUGGGAUUACAGAUGCUGUUGAAAGAUCCAGCUUCAUGUCCAGGCUCAGCCAAGCACAAAAAGCGUUUAUUAUUAGCAUUUCAUUAGCACUUAUGUAUGCCAUCUGCUAUUUAUACAGACCCGCAGUGAGAGAGUUCCUGUCCCCAGAGCCAGCCGUAGACAUGGGGCAACAGAGCGGAAAAGAGACAGGGUCAAGGUCAAAUGCCGUGCCAGUAGCAGAGCCAGGGAUCGAUGUCAGGGUUUCUGCGUCGCAGGCUAGUGCCUUUCCCACUUUAAAUAUCAUUGGACAGGCUUCCCGGGGUGCUGCCUCCCUGCAGGCCUGCAUCUGCUCCUGCUUUGGGAGAUGGGAGAUUUGCCAUGCCCCACAGCAGGCGGUCCGGAGAAUACUACAGGCUUCUGUUGCAGCGGAGUCAGAAUCCCAGCUGGGAGCAAAGGUUUCUACUGUGAGCAGCAGUGCCACCCUCCCUGUGACUGGCACACAGCCUCCUUUUCCCCACUAUGCGGGGGAAGAGAACCUCCAAGCUCUACUCUUCCAUCCCCUGGCUCCUUCCCCAGCAUCGCAGCCUGGGUGUGUAAACUCAGCUGCUUCCCUUCAUUUUUCAUCAGGACUGUUGGCAAAGGUCAUGAAUGCAGCAUUUCUCCCCUGCAGCAGGGGGACAGGAUGCUGCCAUCAGGCUGGCUGGCAUCCCAGCUCUUUUUUUCACCCAACCCGCCCCAAACGUUGCCGACUUUACAGAACGAUUGCAAACCGAGAUAGUUUCUCUCACCACUGAAAUGCAGCUGCCUCUGGGGAGAUUUAGCUUGGCCAAAUGUUGAUAUCCAAGGUGGGAUGAGGCCAAAAUUCUGAGGAUGAUGCACCUACAUGCCAUGGGAUUUUAAAUCAUUAUUCUGUACUGUGGUAUUCACAGACCAGGACCCUCUGGAGCUAGGCACUGUACAUGGAACAAAGACAGGUUCCUCCCUGCUCCAAGGAGUUGAGAGUCUAAGCAAAUGACCACACAUGACUGGAACCUCCUUGUAAUCUCUCAUCUGCCAAAUCUACUCAUUGAGUCAGGCUCUCAGGAAAGCAGGUGUGGUGUUGUCCACAUGGAGCCAGGCCAGUUUGAACUAGGAAGGAGGUGAAAAUAAAAUUGUUUGGAAAAGAAACAGAGAACAUCCCCAAUUCAUCAUUAUAUUUGAUGCUAGACUGUGAUUACACCCCAAUCAAUCUCUCCCCUCUCUCCAGUCUCCACCUCCAACUUGUCCCAAGUUAAAAUGGAAAGCUCCUUAUUUAGUUGUACUGAUUUAAUUGAACGUAGUAGGCAGGUGCUGAAAGUUUGGCUGUGGGCUGUGAGGAGAAGCCCCAGAUCAUGAAGAAUGUGAGAGCUUCCUGGAUUCUAGAAUGUAAUUGUAAUUGUGCCAGGGUUCCAAGUCUUGCAGAAUGUUAAGGGCUUUGUUCCAUUUAGGAAAAGAGAUU